AUGAGCUCCCAAACCAGAAGCGAUAGAAGGGACAGAUCUAGAUUACCCUCUCAAACUGUGCGCCAGACUUGGGUUCCCAGAGGACAAGGCCCCUCCACAGUUUCUGUAAAUCUACCUCCUCCAACUUUCAUUUCCAAUAUCGAUGAAGGCACCAAUCCAAGACAAAGUGGCACCAGUAAUUAUGUUGCUUCUGAACCCAGACCCCGAGGCAUCAGUAAUUCUUCUCGGAAUCAUGUGGGUCGCCCCACAAACCACAGGAGGGAUAAGGAAAGGGAGAAGGGUCAGCCACAAACUUUGAAAGAGUUGAAGUAUGCAAAUAUGCCGCAACUGGUGCAAGAAAUUCAGGAGAAACUUGCAAAGAGCACUGUUGAGUGUAUGAUUUGUUAUGAUAUGGUGCGAAGGUCUGCUCCUAUUUGGUCUUGUUCCAGCUGUUACUCCAUUUUUCAUCUCAAUUGUAUCAAGAGAUGGGCUAGGGCUCCUACUUCCGUCGACUUGUCUGCCGAUAAAAACCAGGGUUUUAACUGGCGCUGCCCGGGCUGCCAGUACGUGCAGCUGACACCAAUGAAAGAGAUUCGUUAUGUUUGCUUUUGCGGGAAAAGAACAGAUCCACCCUCUGAUUUGUACUUGACUCCUCAUUCAUGUGGUGAGCCAUGUGGGAAGCCCCUCGAGAAGCAUUUGCCAGGCACCAACUUAGAGAGUAAUAAUAAGAAUUCUUGCCCUCAUGUCUGUGUGUUGCAGUGCCAUCCAGGUCCAUGCCCACCUUGCAAAUCAUUUGCUCCACAACGCUUGUGCCCUUGUGGGAAGAGCACCAUCACCACUAGGUGCUCUGAACGUCAAUCUGUUCUCACGUGUGGUCAGCGAUGUGAUAAGCUUCUCGAUUGUCAGCGUCAUCGUUGUGAACGGAUUUGUCAUCUUGGUCCUUGUGAUCCGUGCAAAGUUCCGGUUACAGCUUCAUGUUUUUGCAAGAAAAAAGAGGAGGAUAUAUUAUGCGGAGACAUGUCUGUGAAGGGAGAGGUGAAUGUCGAAGGAGGUGUCUUUUCAUGCAAUUUCAUGUGUGAGAAGAUGCUUGCUUGUACUAACCAUGAAUGUACUGAAGUAUGUCAUCCAGGUCCUUGUGGAGAUUGUGAUUUGAUGCCAGGAAGGGUCAAAUCUUGUUAUUGUGGGAAGACGAGCUUGGUGGAGGAAAGGAAGUGUUGCUUGGACCGAAUCCCUAACUGUAUGCAGGUGUGUGGCAAGCUACUUUCCUGUGGGGUUCACAACUGUAGGGACCUGUGCCAUUCUGGAGAUUGCCCUCCUUGUAUGGUUGAUGUCACCCAAAAUUGUUGUUGUGGAUCUUCCUCGAGAACUGUGGCCUGCUACAAAACAUGUGAUAUCAAUGAACAGUUCAAGUGUGACAAGCCUUGCGGACGAAAGAAGAAUUGUGGGAGACAUCGGUGUAGCGAACGUUGCUGCCCUCUUUCUAACAACUCAACUGCUUCUUUCUCUGAGGAUUGGAAUCCACACUUAUGCCAAAUGGCCUGUGGCAAGAAGUUGAGGUGUGGCCUGCAUUCUUGUGAGUCACUAUGUCACAGUGGUCAUUGCCCUCCUUGUCUUGAGACAAUCUUUGUUGAUCUGAGCUGUGCAUGUGGAAGGACUUCAAUCCCUCCCCCCUUGCCCUGUGGUACAACGCUACCAUCAUGUCAACUCCCCUGUUCGGUUCCUCGGCCUUGUGGUCAUGCGGCUUCUCAUAACUGCCACCAUGGAGACUGUCCGCCUUGUUCUGUCCCUAUUGCAAAGGAGUGUGUUGGCGGACAUGUGUUUCUCAAAAAUAUACCUUGUGGUUCGAAAAAUAUAAGGUGCAACAAGCUCUGUGGUAAAACUAGGCAGUGUGGUCUUCAUGCAUGCGGGCGGACUUGUCAUCCAGCACCGUGCGACUCUUCACCUUCCUCUGAAGUAGAGGCAGGGAGAGCUUCUUGUCGCCAGAUAUGUGGGGCCCCCAGAAGGGACUGUAGGCAUACUUGUGCUGCACUUUGUCAUCCUGCUGUUCCUUGCCCCGAUGUCAGAUGUGAGUUUCCAGUCACAAUUACUUGCUCAUGUGGCAGGAUAACAGCCAGUGUUCCUUGUGAUGCCGGAGGGACAAGUGGUGGUUUCAGUGCUGAUACAGUUUUUGAAGCUUCAAUAGCCCAGAAGCUAUCAGCACCACUUCAGCAAGUGGAAUCAGCAACUGGUAGUAAGAAGAUUCCACUUAGCCAAAGGAAGCUUACUUGUGAUGAAGAAUGUGCUAAGUCAGAACGUAAGAAGGUUCUUGCUGAUGCUUUUGACAUUAAUACCCCCAACUUGGAUGCUCUUCAUUUUGGCGAAAACUCGGCUGUUACUGAGUUGCUUUUGGAUUUAUAUAGGCGUGAUCCAAAAUGGGUUCUUGCUGUCGAAGAGAGGUGCAAGUGCCUUGUCCUUGGUAAGCACAGGGGGGUAACUGUGGGCGGUGGUCUCAAGGUUCAUGUCUUCUGCCCGAUGCUGAAGGACAAGAGAGAUGCAAUUAGGCUGAUUGCGGAGAGGUGGAAGCUAGCAAUCCAUGCUGCUGGGUGGGAACCCAAGCGAUUUGUUGUUCUUCAUGCAAUUCCCAAGUCCAGACCACCACAACGUGUGAUUUGUGUCAAAGGGGUGACUGCUGCCACAUGUCUGCACCCACUUGCUUUUGACGCCCUUGUUGACAUGGAUCCCAGGCUCGUUGUUUCUUUCCUUGAUUUGCCUAGGGAGUCGGACAUAAGCUCUUUGGUGCUUAGAUUUGGCGGGGAGUGUGAGCUGAUAUGGUUGAAUGAUAAGAAUGCUUUGGCAGUUUUCAAUGAUCCUGCUCGUGCAGCAACCGCCCUUAGGAGGUUGGAUCAUGCGUCUGCUUAUCAUAGUGUCGUCGUGAUUCUUCAGAACAAUGGUGCAGCAGCUAACGCAUGGAGUACCCCUAAGGAUGGAGUGAAUUCAGCAAUGAAGGGAAAUAAUGCAUGGAAAAAGGCUGUUGGUGAAGAUGUUUGGGGUGGUGAAGAGCAGCCUAGCGGAUCCAGUGAUUCUUCUCCUUGGAAACAAAAGGAAGCUACUUCUGAAAUUACUGCUUCGGUUAAUCGCUGGAGCAUUCUAGACACUGAGACGGCUUCCAGCACUACUGCUGCUGCUUCAUCAGUGGUUAGAAUUGAGGAUCGAGGUGGGGCUCGUCUUGAUUCAGUAGUAAUAAGACCUUCGUCCGAGCAGCUGGAAGUGGCAGAUGACUGGGAGAAAGCUUUGGACUUGGACCACAAUACGCAACAGGGGUAA